GCUUACGCCUCGUUUUGCUGGUAAACUACUAUACAGCCGUCCUCACGUCACUCUCCUUGUUCAUAUCUCCAUAUAUACAGGUGUAGCUGCUGCUUAUUAUUUCAUAUUGAUAUUGUCGUCAACAAUGGCGUCAGAAGAUGUUAAGGAUUCUCCGGCGAUGGUGGUGUUCGAUACAGAGGCUGCCAACAGUUUAGUCAAGGAGUUGAGAAGCACGGUUAUCGCUGGAAAGACCAAGAGCUAUGAAUGGAGAGUAUCACAGUUGAAGAGUUUGUUGAAGAUGGUGGAAGAUCGCGACAAGCAGAUUUGUGAUGCUCUAUUCUCCGACCUCUCCAAGCCUGAGAUGGAAGCUUUCAUCCACGAGAUUGCUAUGAUAAAGGCAUCCUGCAAGUUGGCACUGAAGAAGCUAAAAGAUUGGAUGAAACCAGAAAAAGUGAAAACCACUUUAGGUACUUUUCCAUCGUCAGCAGAAAUAGUGCCAGAACCAUUGGGCGUUAUACUGAUCAUAUCAGCGUGGAACUACCCAUUCUUGUUAUCUGUUGAUCCGGUCAUAGGAGCAAUUGCAGCUGGGAAUGCUGUUGUUCUGAAGCCCUCAGAGGUUGCUCCAGCCAUGUCUUCAUUGUUGGCAAAACUUUUUGGAGAAUAUUUGGAUAACUCUGCAAUAAAAGUUGUUGAAGGUGCUGUUCCUGAAACGUCUGCGCUCCUGGAGCAAAAGUGGGAUAAAAUAUUCUACACAGGGAAUGGGAGAGUGGGGCGAGUCAUCAUGGCUGCUGCUGCAAAGCAUCUGACACCUGUAGUCUUGGAACUUGGAGGCAAAUCUCCUGUUCUAGUUGAUUCAGACAUUGAUUUAACAGUCACAGCAAGGCGUAUAGUAUCAGGGAAGUGGGGAUGCAACAAUGGACAAGCUUGUGUAGCUCCUGAUUACAUAAUAACAACAAAAAAUUAUGCUCCAGUGUUGAUAGACUCUAUAAAACAUCAGUUGGUCAAGUUCUUUGGAGAGGAUGCUCUGAACUCGCUAGAUUUGUCUCGGGUCGUGAAUUCCAAUCACUUUGCUCGGUUAACAAAGCUAUUGGAUGACGAUAGAGUUUCCGAAAAGAUAAUUCAUGGAGGUCAAACAGACAUUAACAACCUAAAGAUUGCUCCAACCAUUGUGCUUGAUGCCCCAGAAGACUCCCUGAUCAUGAACGAGGAGAUAUUUGGACCUUUACUUCCUAUAGUUACGGUCGACAAAAUUGAAGAUGGCAUCCACUUUAUCAAUUCUAGACCAAACCCGCUCGCAGCAUACUUAUUUACCAACAAGAAGCAGCUCAAGGAGGAGUUUGUGAGCAAUGUCUCUGCUGGUGGUGUACUCAUUAAUGAUAUCUCCUUACAUCUUAUGGUCGAUACAUUACCAUUUGGCGGAGUCGGAGACAGUGGAAUAGGGGCAUACCAUGGGAAAUUCUCAUUUGAUGCUUUCAGUCACAAGAAAGGCGUCCUACACAGAAGCUUUUACGGGGAUGCAUCAGCAAGGUACCCGCCUUACACACCAGGCAAGCUUAGGCUUCUCAAGGCUCUUUUAGAUGGCAGUAUACUUGGCAUCAUUCGUGCUCUUUUUGGCUGGUCCUAGAUGUAAAUCUGCAAUUUGUGUACCCAAAGAACCCGUUUGCUUUAAUUUCUGUCGAUAAGUAAAAUGUUCCAAUUAUAUCUACUUUUUACAUGAAUGCAUUUUGUAUAGUACAACUUCUUUCAGAAUGUUCUUUUGUGAUUCAAGAUUUCUUUGUCCUCA